AUGCUCUGGUUAACUUCUUUCUUCGCUCUUCCUCUCGUCUCGUCUUUACCCACCAGUGGAAUCCAGCCCCGCUGUACAGUGUCCAACAAUACAUACGAUGAUCUCGUCUAUUACCUUCAAUACGCUUCUUCUGCCUAUCUUGACGAGUGCGCUAGCCCAAAUGGAAACACCCUUGUUCAACGAUACGACAAUGAAACUACGGAUACUCAGGGAUUUCUCGCCCGUGACGACACCAAAGGCGAAAUCGUCAUCGUUCUCAGAGGAAGCUCGACUGUUCAGGAUUUAGCAACCGACGGUGAUAUUCCGCUCGUCGACCUGAGCAUUCAAGGCGUCAAUGCACCCACCGGUACUCAAGUUCACCAUGGUUUUCACACUGCUUGGAACUCCAUUGCUGGCGAUGUGAUUGCAACAAUCCAAUCAGAGUUGGCCAGUCAUCCCAAUUACACUCUCGCCACGUCUGGACAUUCCUUGGGCGGGGCGCUUUCCAGUCUGGCUGGCAUCACAUUGCAACAAAACUUUCCAGAUAUCCCGGUGAAAAUGUACACCUUUGGUCAACCGAGGACCGGAAACCCCACCUACGCUUAUUUCGUUGAUGCGCAACUGGGCUCUAAUGUCUUCCGAGGUGUACAUGGCAGUGAUGGUGUUCCUACCAUGAUAUCGGAAGACCUGGGAUACGAACAUCACGGUGUCGAAUAUUUUCAAAACGGAGACCUACCGUCGGCGGAGACUACGAAGGCAUGCACUGGUAAUGAGGACCCCACAUGCUCAGCGUCGAUUCCCAGCUCAGGUAUCAACAUGUACCACCUCGUUUAUUACAAUAUUACGGUUGGAACAGCGUUUUGUGAUUAA